AUGCGCCCGCUAGACUCGCGUAAAUGUCGACAACCAAAAAAAAAUUCGAAAAAAUCGGUGUCCGAUUCAUUCCAAAAAAGUGCAGAACGCUGUGCGAUCGGAGUGAAGCUGAGCGGUCGUUUUUCGCGGUUUUGUCACGAAGAGUAAUGAUCUUAUAAUUUUUACAAAUUUCUUGCCACAAAUUUGUAAAAACCCGCCUUUAUGUUUCCCAUCUUUAAACAUGUUGUUUGCAGGAUGAUUUACCUCUCGAUUUUUGUUCUCCUUCCUAUUUCAUCAUGGGCAUGGCUACCACAUCUUCCGCUGACUGGAAGUGUAAUCCCUAUCCCGCAAAAGAUUGUUUACCAUCAUGAGAACCGAACUGUCACCCCUGGAAAUAUCCGGAUCGACUUGGGAGAUCUGAAGGACUCGGAUAUUCUCAAAUUUGCUAAAGAGACUUAUGGUAGGUUUUAACAAGUUUGAAAAUACAACAGAAUGAUCCCUCUUGGAACAUGUUGAAUGCAUACCAUGUAUUAAUAUUGUUCCAGAAAGUGCGUAGACUUUUUUCGCACCGCACAGUGCAUGUUGCGCGACUUGCGCGACGCGAUAUAUUUCGUAACAUUUUGUACUGGUCCAAUGUUUUUGCGAUCCCAAAAUUCGCGUCAAAUUUCCGCAAAAAAAACUUUCCCGACAGAUUGAUAAAUUUUGCACACAUUUUGGACAUGGGUUACAUACUAAUCCCUGAAAGUUUUAGCUCCCGCUUUGCAGGCGCAGACAAGAUAUUGAGCCAUCUUUUCGACCAAGAGAGUACGCAAAACCCGGAGAGCGGUCAGAGAUAAGAACACUUCUAGGCCGUAUUUUUUAUAUGAAUUGUGUCACGGAAAAAUCAAAUUGUUUUUUACUUCAACGGCGCGAGCGACAUUGUGCUCAUUAUUUUCCCGACAGACUGAUAGUUAAAGUUAUUUUUUUUUCAGAGACCCGAUGGUUUUUCCCCCACUCUCCCAAUCAAAAGAAGGAGUUGUCCAAAGCCACUGAUGACGCUGAUACUCUCGUUUUGAAAGUAACUGUGAAGGAGCUCAAGUUGGAUGAGAAAUUGUACCCUCAGCAAGGGAUGAAUGAGAAUUGUAAGUGUUUUCAUCUUUUCAUAUUAUAUUUUUUUUCAAGAAUUUAAACAUCUUUUAUUAAAUUUUUUAAUUUCAGACACCCUAACUGUCUACGAGGACUCAGGGCCUGCGUUCUUGGAAGCCGCAACUGUCUGGGGUGCUUUGAGAGGGCUUGAAACGUUCAGUCAACUUAUCUUUUUACAUGACGGGAAGGUAAGUAAAAGAAGGGGUCGCACAGAAGCUCGUUUGUCGGAAAAUCCGUCUGUCGGGAAAAUAAUGUGGAAUUUUUGCAACAUAAUUUAUCGCAGCCGCGCACAGUUCAGCCUCUGAUAGCUGUCGCAAAGCGAUGAUGAGCGAUUCCAAGACGCGACAAAUCCACAUUAUUUUCCCGACAGGCUGAUCAUAUGGAUUUGUCGCGGCAAAAAAUGUUUUGUCUCGUCGCUAGCCGCAGCUGAAGAUUUUUGGUGCGCGACUGCAGCGAGACGAGUUUUUUCGUUGCGACAGGUCCACAUUAUUUUCCCGACAGACUGAUAUGAGAGCUUGUGCAGCCCCGACUUUCAAAAGAUAGGAAACUAAUGGAUGGAUAAGCCGAAUUAAGCCUAAGCUUUAUGAAAGCUAAGCCUAAACCCACGCAAGCCUAAGCCCCAGCCUGCGCUAAAUUCAUAUCUGUCUGUCGGGAAAAUAGUGAGCACUCUGUGGCAUCGAAAAUCCCGUCGCCAAAAUGGUUUGUGUCGCUGCAAAAUCAAAUUGCUUUUCACUUCAGUAACGCGAUUGACGCAGCAAAAUUGCGUCCAUUAUUUUCCCAACAGACUGUUAAAAUAAGUCUAGGGCAUUGUCCUGGGAAGAAAAAAGUCCAUGAGUUCUUUGUAGAAAAUUAGCGGCCCUCAGAUUGGUAGAACUAUCCAAAACCAAUUUUUUCUCUAAAUGAGCCUUUACAUCGCCCAUUUUCAGUAUUACAUCCGCUCAGCACACAUCAAAGACUGGCCUGAAUACCCCUACCGCGGCCUUCUCAUCGACUCCGGAAGACAUUUCAUCCCCAAAAACGUCAUCAAACGGCAGAUUGUAAGCUCCACAAGUCAUCAUGAUCUCUGACUUUUCAUUAAAUUUCAGGACCUGCUGUCACAAAACAAGUUCAACGUUCUGCAUUGGCAUGUCUCCGACUCGGAAUCGUUUCCAUAUGUUUCAAAGAAGUUCCCGGAAAUAGCCAAACAAGGCGCCUAUGACAAGAAGUACACUUAUUCGCCAGAGGAUGUGCAAGAAAUUGUGGAGCACGCCCGACUUCGAGGAAUUCGAGUGCUGGCCGAGUUCGAUACACCAGGUAAGCUUCGUAUACGCCAGGUAGAUGUAGUUAAGAGGGGAUUCGACUUGAUUGCAAAAAAGGGGCCAGCAAAAAGGACAAAUGAAAAUGAGAAUAGCGUUUUCGAGCUGAUACUGGCCAUUUAAUCCCACUUACUCCGUGUGUCAGGAACACAGGGAGAUAUACAGAAAGAAAUGUUCCCAUGGUUAGCAUGUCUCUCUGGCAUAUAAAUCUUUGUCUUUCUACGUGUAAAAGGAGUUUGAUCCGUUCGUACCAGAGAACUGCACUCAUAAUUAUGUACGUAUACAGCCGAGAUAGAAAGUUUAAACAUCCGCAAUCACUCAUACGAAUUGCUGCUCUGUUAGAAUACACUGAUGUUUCUCUUUUUUACACUUCACGGGAUUUUAUUCCGUUGCUUGAUUUUUUAUUUUUGUUACUUCCAUGAGCCCAUAUAUGCGGUAUAUAGAUGCAUACAAUACCACAGGUUUGUCAUCCCUCAGAACAAGAAGCCGUCUAAUAAGACAAAAAAUUCUGUGCGUAGAUUUCAUUUAGUUUAAUUUAUUUUCUACUAUGUGCUUAAUUGACAAGUCAAUGCGUUGAUCAUGAGGAAAAUUAACAUUUCAAUUUUUCAUGAGGUUCAGUAGCUUUAUAAAAAUAAGAGGUCUCAUUAAUAAAAAAGAUUGCCCCCGGUGCGGAAUAGUAUCAGAUUACUUUCAAGACUUGUGGCUUUAUUUGAACGUUUGGAAUAUCAAUAACGACUCCUUGUGAACAGUGGAACCCCAGUAGGAUGAACUUUUGUUCAACAAACCACCUAUUUAAAAAAAACUUUUGGUCCCAUCCGAUGCGUUGCACAGAGGAUUGAGUGUAUUUUGGACCAGUUUGGCUCUGCAGAGUUAUUACACGUAAUAAGGUCUUUCCCUCAUAUUCAGAAUAGGUUUAUUUCGGAGUGUGAAAAUUUAAAACCUUAAAAUUGCAGGCUCAGAUCAGGUGAGCUAAAAAGCCUUGACAUGUUUAAAUUGACAAAACAUGUCAAGACUUUUGGCUCGCCUAGUCUACACACAUGUCAAUAGCCUUGCACAAGACUCGUACAUCAACUAUUCCUUGAUGAAACAAUAUGAGAAGCUUUUCUUGUUGCUCAAAAAUGCAUGCACAAGGGCACUUGCCGUUCAUCUUAGGUGGUGAUGGAGGACUUCUACAUGUUUGCUAAAACAAAAAAAAUCAUGAUUUUAAGGAAAGAGGGAAGAAUUGAAAACACUCCGGAGAGGCCUGACCGUGUUGGCCCGCGGGCCGCAAAGAUCGUCCCGGCCUGACUGUCACCUCUAGGUAAGCCAAAAAAAGUAAAAUCAGCAUACUUCAAUGUAGUUGUGUAUCUGAUAAUCUUCCACCGUCCUAGGAUCCCAGAUUCUUGAUUUCACUCCAUUGACUAUGUAAAGACAUGCCUGGCACAUGUGGCAUUCCGGAGAACAGAAGCCUGUAUAAAAUAAGACAAAAAUAAUCACAAUCGGUAGCUUCAACAUUUCAGUUUUGAUGCGACGGCUUCGUUUAAUAGCAUUCCUUUUAUACUUUUAUCUGUGUGCGAUUAGAACGAAAAUGCGUUGUUGAUGAGGGCGAAUAUUUACAUUUUAAUUUAUACAAUCGCAAUUUUUAUGUCUCUGAACCAAAAAAUAGAUGACAAAAAAUGGAUUCAUUAAGCCGGGGAAUGUCUAUGUUGUGGAAUAAAUAUCACUGAACGCUUUUCAACAGAGUGCUUUUCCGUCUUUAACGUAAAAAUCAUAAUAAAAAUUACAUGCACAUAGUCCUCGAAACUCUUUGGCAUAACUUUCCGAUCUUACAAUUAGCGGAGUUGCACGAUUGCGGAAAAAGACAAUUAAGGAAACCGGAAAGUAUUAUUUUUCUUCGCGCUUUGAUUGCGUUAACAUUUCUCUAAUGAUAGAGAAGGAAAAGGAAGUUCUCGAGACUCCCUCCUGUGUUCCUGAGGGGUAUAAGCUCUACGCCCAAGAGAAGUAUCCGCGCCAAAAGUUCCGUUACAUGAUGGAGCUGUUCAAGGACGCCAAUCGCGUCAGCACAAGUACAAAGACUUGAAGAGAGACUGUUCGGCGAAUCUGAGCUGACAUAUGUAGACAGGGAUGACGAUGCCUUUGGUCCCAAGUUGAUUUCGUUUUCAUUGGCUCAACUUAUAAGUCAAUCAGGAAGACCUAUCGGUCUCAUCUCUCCUUCAUGGUCGCUGGAAAUGUCGAAAUUAGGAUAAUCGAGGGUGCUGAUUUCGAUGACAUUAAUUGUUUUGAUUCUUUCUGUUUUCCUUAUGUAGUACUGUAAAGUAGUUCUUUUUGAUUUUUUUCGUAAAAUACUGGAUAUAGGGGUUUUCGAGGGUGCUGAUUUCGAAAAUGAUGUUCAUUUUUUCUGGUUGUUACUUUUUUCUUAAGUAGUACUGCCAAGUAGUAAUUUCUUGAAAAUUUUCCAAAAAUACUGGAUUUAGGGGUUUUAGAAGGUUCUGGUCAAAAAUUAUGUUAACUUUUCCUCUAGUACUAAAUAGUACUAUCUGAAACUGUUUAUGUAAUACGAGAUGUAAAUUUGGCCUUUCGGUGUUAGUGGUGUUGUUAGUGGUGGUUCUCAGUACCCCUAUUUUCACCUCGUACUACAUAGUAUCACGCAGUACUAGGUCCGCCGGUCAAAUUCCCGAUCUCAGCCUUCAACUUUUAAAGCCAUAAUUUUUAGGUCACAUGGCAUCGUGGAGAGGAAUUCAAGGUUUGAUGACAAACUGCAGUAAAGAAGAACCGAAUGUCUUGGAUCCCUCAAAAGAGUCGACUUUUCAGUUUUUGGAACAAUUCUUCACCGAAAUUAAAGAGACCUUCCCGGAAAGUUGGAUCCAUCUUGGCGGUGAUGAAAUUCAUAUGUUUAGUCAGUGCUGGUAAGUGCAUUGGACCUUUCUGUGAACUAGUUACUAGCAUUUUCAAGUGUCUGGACAUUUUUUCGCUGUCGCACAGUGCAUCUUGAACUUUUUCCCACGCUUGUCGCCAACGCACAGUGCAUUUUUUUUUGCACAGUGCAUCUUGAACCUUUUCCCACGCUUGUCGCCAACGCACAGUGCAUUUUCCUUUUGCGGACCGUGCAAGCCUCAAAAAAGCCGAUUGCACUGUGCACAUUUUUGAGCAAGACCGCAGCAGCGCAGUUGAGAAAAAGCUUACGUCGCAGCGAUACUUUAAAUGCACUGUGCAAAAACAAAAAAAGAUGAGUGCACGGUGCAAAAAAUUGGGGAUUUUUGUGCACGGUGCGGACCGCGACAAAUGUCCAGACGUUUUGUGAAAAUGCUAAAAUCCGUCUGUCGGGAAAAUAAUGAACAUUUGGGCGGUUCGAAAACCGCAUCGCCGCCGAGAAAAUGAAUUGUGUCGCGGGAAAAUCAUAUCGCUUUUCACUUCAGCGACGCGAAUGGCGCAGCGACUGCUCAUUAUUUUCCCGACAGAAUAAUAGCAUAACUUAAGGUAAUUUUCAGGGAGAACAGCCCCAAUGUAGUCAAGUUUAUGGAGUCUAAAGGCUGGGCGAAGAACGUAACAGCGCUGGUCAACUAUUAUUUCGAUAGGUAAAUCUAUAUAUCUAAUAUAUAUUAUUUUUGAGACAAAAAGAUUUAUUCCAAGCUUCCAACUCACAUAUUUUCAGAUUCCAAGGGAUCAUUGAGAAGGUUUACGGCACCAAGAAUGGGGAUAACAUUUUGAUGUGGGAGGAAGUCUUUCAAAAUAACAAUCCAGUAAGCCUCAAUGUCUAGAGCAAUUUUUUGAAUUGUUUUUUUAACUUUUUUUUCAAUUAUGUUUUACCACCGUAAUUUCUCGAUUUUAGCGCCCGAACAGUGUCGCCCACGUCUGGUUGAACCGAAAUUUGGUCGCCCAAACAACCGCAAAGGGGCAUCGGACCAUCGUUUCGCAGGGCUGGUAUCUCGACCACAUUCAUGGAGGCGAAGAUUGGCAUGAUCUGUAUUCAAACGACCCUCGAGGCUUCACCGGCUCGGAGAAACAAAAGUCCCUGGUGAUUGGAGGAGAAGCCUGUAUGUGGGGCGAGUUUAUCGAUGCGACGAAUUUGGAGACAACUGUUUGGUAAGGAUAAGAUUGAAAGUAUCUUACAGGGGAAAUACUCAAAAUGCGAUACUCAGAUUUUGAUGAAAUUUGGCGCAAAUUUAGAAUGUUCUUUUCUGAAAUAUAUGCGAGAAUCCUAGCUCGCGCUUUGCAGAAACAACCGAGAUUUUUAGAUCGAAAGUGGGCGAAAAUUUGACACUUUUUGCCGAAUUUCGGCACGAAAAGUUUCAUGCCUAUUUCUACUGUAAACGGUAAUGUUUUUUUUUUUUGGAUCUUCCCUUGUAAAUGAAUACUGCUCUCUGAUAGGACUAGAUAUUAUGAUUGCAAUUUCUUUUACAGGCCCCGAGCAACCGCCGUAGCCGAAAGAUUGUGGUCCAACCCGUCGAUGAAGGCUGCCGAAGCGCAAGCUCGAAUGCACGAACAAAGAUGUCGAUCACUUGGCCGAGGCUUCUUCGUCCGACCCGCACAUGGCCCGGACUUUUGCCCAUUCAAUGUCGAUUUUCCAUACCCAGCGUAA